AAAACAGAGUGCAUAAGAAUUGUGUUUUUUUCUUCUUCAUCUGUUUACGUAUCGAAUCAGAAUUAUUUUUGUUUGUUUGAAAGAUGAAUUCUCAGAUUUGUAGAUCUGCUUCACGAGCUACCAAGUCUCUGUUCAGUUCUAGUUCUCGUGCUUUUUCCGGGGGACGAGCAGCGGCUGCAGCAGCCACAGUUUCUUUGAGAGGAGUUGUGCCUUCUUUAGCUUCAUAUGGCAGGACUAAGUCCCAGAAUUCGUGUUGGAUCUCGGGUAUCCUUGCCCUUCCUGCAGCAGCUUACAUGCUCCAGGAGCAAGAAGCGCAUGCUGCUGAGAUGGAGCGCACCUUCAUCGCCAUCAAGCCAGAUGGAGUGCAAAGAGGCUUGAUUUCAGAAAUCCUAUCACGCUUUGAGCGCAAGGGUUUCAAGCUAGUCGCGAUCAAAAUUGUGGUUCCGUCUAAGGAUUUUGCUCAAAAGCAUUAUCAUGACCUUAAAGAAAGACCAUUUUUUAAUGGUCUAUGUGGUUUCCUUAGCUCUGGCCCUGUCGUAGCAAUGGUAUGGGAAGGCGAAGGAGUGAUUAAAUAUGGAAGGAAGCUUAUCGGAGCUACAGAUCCACAGAAGUCAGAACCCGGAACAAUUAGAGGUGACUUAGCUGUUGUAGUCGGAAGGAACAUUAUCCAUGGGAGUGAUGGACCUGAGACAGCCAAGGACGAGAUCAAACUAUGGUUCAAACCAGAAGAGUUGGUUAAAUAUACAAGCAACACAGAGAAGUGGAUAUACGGUGUGAACUGAACAAAACUCGUUUUUCUUAAUUUAAACUGUGAUUAACUCCGAAUGAAUACUCGGAAACUAUUGAUUAUCAGAAUAAAUCUGAUGAACAUUUCCCUUAGAGUAGCAAUGUAACCUUUAGCAAACUGUUAUUUAGAUGGUUCAAAUAAUCAAAUGUACUGAUAUGUUGCUGAA